ACCGCUUUACUACUACCUAUUCGCCCACUGAUCAGAGAUAGAGAGGGAGGUACGAGUAAUUCUUGGAGCUGAGAACGUGGCAUUUUCUGGUGGUGGCGACAAAACAAGUUUACAACACUUUUUACGAUUAGCAGCAAGGCCAAAAGCGCAUCAUGAUACCCGGCUAUGGACCCGUCACUCAAGCUCUCUUGGGCACCCUGCUCACCUGGGGCCUCACGGCAGCCGGAGCUGCCCUUGUAAUUUUUGUUCGCGGCACUCAGCGACGCUCAUUGGAUGCCGCCUUGGGUUUUGCAGCUGGCGUGAUGAUAGCCGCCUCGUUCUGGUCACUGCUCACACCGGCCAUUAAAAUGGCUGAAAGUUCCCAACUGUAUGGAGUCUAUGCAUUUGUGCCCGUAGCUGGUGGUUUUCUAUUGGGCUCAAUCUUUGUCUAUGGCUGUGAUAAGCUAAUGUCAUACUUGGGACUCAAUAGCACCAACAUGAUGAUUCAGAUGACGCAGACAAAUAAGGAUAAAGCGGAUAUAGCCAUCGAUGACAUAAAGCGACACAAUGGCACCGGAGCGGCAACAAUCUCCAAGAGUCUGGACAGCUUCUCGGACUGUUUGAGUGUUCAGCAUAGGGGAGAGCCGCGUCGUCGCAAAAAGGGCAGCCUCAGUGAGGUGGAACAAUGCACGUACACAACCACGGAUGAGCAGUUAAAGGCCCAAGAAGCUUUAUCCCAAUGGAAACGCAUCAUGCUACUGGUGGUGGCAAUUACAGUGCACAAUAUACCCGAAGGAUUGGCCGUGGGUGUGAGCUUUGGUGCUGUGGGAACCGCAAACAACUCAACAACAUUUGAAAGUGCUCGCAAUCUGGCCAUUGGCAUUGGUAUACAGAAUUUUCCCGAAGGAUUAGCUGUCAGCUUGCCUUUACACGCAGCUGGAUUUAGUACAAUGCGUGCUCUUUGGUAUGGGCAAUUGUCGGGCAUGGUUGAGCCUAUUUUUGGAGUUCUGGGUGCAGUUGCUGUCACAUUUGCCAAUCUCAUAUUACCCUAUGCCUUGUCGUUUGCCGCUGGUGCCAUGAUCUACAUAGUGGCUGAUGAUAUUCUACCCGAGGCUCAUGCUAGUGGAAAUGGCACGAUUGCCACAUGGGGCACCGUGUCUGGUUUCCUAAUCAUGAUGUGCUUGGAAGUGGCGCUAUCUUGAGGCAACUAGCAGUAAACGUUUGUACUUAUAAUGUGCGCGCAUUUCCACCAAAUGUAAAUUAAAUCGUUAAUAUCUAAAAUUAAUUUAAUUCUCCUAUAUAUAUAUAUAUAUGUAUCUGUAUAUAUGUUUCAAUCUCAUCAUGAAGACAUCGUCUACCUUUAUGAGGUACGUAAGUUUGUAACGCGUUUAAAUGCCUUAAGCUCAGAGCCCUAAGUAUAAUAUGUAUAUGUAGUUUUUUAUAAAAUAUUAACGAUGCAAUCGCGUUCUGUACAUUCUUUCUAGAUAAUUAUGUAAAUUGCAAGAGUAAAAUGGUUUCUCCAAACGAAUUGUAAACAGAUUAAAAAAAAAAAACGCUUGUGAAGUAGUAGGUUUUAAGUUGUCAGUCGUGUCGACAAUGUGACGGUUCAGCACAGUUUUUCGUCUUGUCGUCAGUCUAACAUUUUAAGUAAUAAAAUAAUAAUGUGUAAUAAAUACUGAGAAAGAACAUUUA